AUGGCAGUCACCCGGGAGCGCGGACCGUUGGUUUCCCUGACUCCGGCUCAAUGGCCGUCGCACGACACCGUCCUUUCCGGACAGUACAUCCGGCUGGAGCGGCUGCAACCGAAACAUGCGGGCGACCUCUUCGACCUGAUCGGCGGGGAUGAUCCGACCAGAACCUGGCUGUGGGAUUUCAUGCCUGACGGACCCUACCCCCAACGCCACACCUUCGAGGAAGCCAUCGCCGCCCGGGCCAGAUCCCCGGAUCCGUUCUUCUUCGCCAUCAUCGACCAGCGGGCCACCACGCCCACCGGUGGGAAAGCCAUCGGGUAUCUGUCCCUCAUGCGGAUCACCCCCGCGCAUUGGGCCGUGGAAAUCGGCCAUGUCAUGUUUUCCCCGGCGCUGCAACGCACCCCCGCGUCGACCGAGGCGAUCUACCUCCUGGCCCGUCACGCCGUGGAAGAUCUACAUUAUCGCCGCGUGGAGUGGAAGUGUGAUGCGCUCAAUGGGCCCUCGCGGAUGGCCGCCCUCCGACUGGGGUUCACCUUCGAGGGGACGUUCCGGCAACACAUGGUGGUCAAGGGGCGGAGUCGGGAUACCAGCUGGUUCGCGAUUCUGCAGAGUGAGUGGCACGACGGGGUGAAAGACGCGUUGGAGCAAUGGCUAGAGGCGGGGAAUUUUGGCGCAGAUGGCUGCCAGAAGAGGAAACUGCAGGAUUUCAGACAGUCAAAGUAG